AGUUAGAGUUAGAAUCAGUCUGAGACCAGUCAGAAUCCUUCUGGUCCCAGUUUAAAGUGGUUGUUGCAGAGAUGAAGUUGCUUCUGUUGUUGCUGCUGAUGGAGAGAGCUGCAGCUCAGCAGAGAGGUCUCUUCCCCGCCAUCUUGAACUUGGCCAGUAACGCAUUGAUCAGCAGUAACGCCACGUGUGGAGAUCCAGAACCUGAAGUCUACUGUAAACUGGUGGAACACGUUCCAGGACGACAGAUCAAGAACCCACACUGCCUGAGAUGUGACGCCAACUCCGUCCUGACCAAAGAACGUCAUCCCAUCACAAACGCCAUCGAUGGGACCAAUCACUGGUGGCAGAGUCCGAGUAUCAAGAACGGACGUCAGUUUCACUGGAUCACGAUUACACUGGACCUGAAACAGAUCUUUCAGGUCGCCUACAUCAUCAUCAAGGCAGCUAACUCUCCUCGACCAGGUAACUGGAUCCUGGAGCGCUCUCUGGACGGUGUGACCUUUGACCCCUGGCAGUUUUACGCCAUCAGUGACACAGAGUGUUUGACCCGUUACAACAUGACGCCGAGACUCGGCCCUCCGACCUACAAGAGCGACACGGAGGUCAUCUGCACAUCUUACUACUCCAAACUGAACCCUUUGGAACAUGGAGAGAUUCACACCUCACUGAUUAACAGCCGACCCGGAGCCGAUGAUUUGACCUCUGAACUCCUGAACUUCACGUCAGCUCGUUUCCUCAGACUGAGGCUUCAGCGAAUCAGAACGCUCAAUGCUGACCUGAUGACGCUGAGCGCCAACGACCCCCGAGAGAUCGACCCCAUCGUCACCCGGAGGUAUUAUUACUCCGUCAAAGACAUCUCUGUGGGCGGCAUGUGUAUCUGUUAUGGCCACGCCCAGAGCUGCCCGCUGGACCCGGUUACCAAGAAGCUGCAGUGUGUGUGUGAACACGACACCUGUGGAGAGAGCUGUGACCAGUGUUGCCCCGGUUACCACCAGCAGCCAUGGCAACCUGGAACCGUCAAAGAGGGAAACAACUGUGAAAAGUGUAACUGUCACAACAAAGCAGCCGACUGUUUCCACAAUCAGACCGUCUCUGAUCUCGCUUUGAGUUUAAACACUCGUGGCGUUCGUGAAGGAGGCGGAGUCUGUAUCGACUGUCAACAAAACACCGCCGGUGUCAACUGUGAGACCUGCGCCGCCGGAUACUACAGACCUGCUGAGGUACUGACAAAUACUGCAAAUAACUCUCCAUGUGUGGAGUGUAACUGUGAUCUGAGAGGAUCCGAGUCUUCAGUCUGCACCAGAGACGGAACGCAGCCAGGUGUGUCCUCUGGACAGUGUGUAUGUAAGCGGGGCUUCACAGGUCGGCGGUGUGAUCGCUGUGCGUUUGGAUUCAGAGACUUCCCUCAGUGUGACCGAUGUGAGUGUCACCUGUCAGGAAGCACCAACACCGACCCCUGCAGCCCCUGCAUCUGCAAGGUGAACGUGAUGGGAGCUCACUGUGAUCUGUGUAAACCAGGUUUCUAUAACCUGCAGAAGAGUCACCAGCUCGGCUGCACUGACUGUUUCUGCUUUGGUGUGUCCGACGUCUGCGAGAGCUCUGCCUGGUCCACAGCUCAGGUGUUUCAUACUGAUGCUAGGCUCCGCCCCUCUCACGCCCUCCACACCCCACCUGUCAUCCACGGCAAUGACCUCCCCAUCCCCAACAACUCCUCUGGCCACGCCCACCAACAAGUGCUGUCGUGGACAGCGCCUGACAGUUUUCUCGGCAACAAGCUGGUUUCCUACGGAGGUUUCCUGAACUACUCGGUGGUUUAUGACGUCCCAUUGGACAAUGAAGACCAUUCUCUCCCCGUCCACUCUGACAUAAUCAUGGAGGGAAACGGUCGGGCUCUUCGCCUCUCACCUCCUCUCCUGCUCUUCCUCUCUGAGCUGGCCGAGCGCUCUGUUGCCGUGGCGAUGGCCCCGCAGCGAUUCUUGGACGUCCAGACGGGUGUUCGCGUUACCCGUGACGACCUGCUGUCUGUCAUGGCUGAGGUGACAUCACUGAGGGUCAGGGUUCACCUGAACGCCUCCACCGAAGGGCCGAUACGUCUCAGUUCAGUGUCUCUGGACGCUGCUGACUCUGGUUCAGUUUCUGGUCGUCAGGCGGUUGCCGUGGAGAUGUGUGAAUGUCCGUGGGGUUACAACGGCACUUCCUGUGAGGCGUGUCUCCCAGGGUUCUACAGAGUGGGAGGAGUUUUGUUCGGAGGAAACUGUAUGCAGUGUGAAUGUAACGACCACGCAGCGGAGUGUGACGUCAACGGAGUCUGUUUGGUCUGUACCCACAACACCACCGGUCCCCACUGUGACCAGUGUCUUCCUGGUUUCUAUGGCGACGCCACGGAGGGGACGGCGGGCGACUGCCGGCUGUGUCCGUGUCCUCUGACGGAGCCGUCCAACAGUUUCAGCCCCACCUGCGUGCUGGCUGCGUCCGGCCAGGUGUCAUGUGACCAGUGUCGGGAGGGAUACACAGGAAACAGCUGUGAGAGGUGUGCCAGCGGUUUCCACGGUAACCCACAGGUGGUGGGCGGGGCCUGCGUCCGCUGUGAGUGUAGCGGUAACGUGGACGUCGGCGAGGCGGGACACUGCGACACCGUCACCGGGGAGUGUCUGCGUUGUCACGGCAACACGGCCGGGAGGCACUGUGAAGUCUGUCAGGCCGGUUACUAUGGAGACGCCGUGCAUGAGAAGGACUGUCGGGAGUGUGGCUGUGAUGUCAGCGGCGCCCUCUCCAGUGUGUGUGAUGUCACAACAGGACAGUGUUCCUGCAGAGAGAACGUGACGGGACUCACCUGUGACCGCUGCCAGUCUGGGUUUUUCGGGCUGCAGACUCAGCGGGGAUGUCAGGCCUGUGGCUGCAACCAAUCAGGAUCUCUCUCUGAGUCAUGUGACGAGGAGGGGCGGUGCCAGUGUGUGGAGGGCGUGUCCGGACACGCCUGUGAACGCUGUACCCGUGGUUACUAUGGUUUCCAUGCCAACGGCUGCACAGCAUGCACCUGUGAUCACACUGGAGGGAACUGUGACGCCGAGAGCGGCGAGUGCAUCUGCUCCCCCCACACAGAGGGAGACACCUGUGACAGGUGUGAGACGGGUUACUGGGGUCACGACCCCACCACAGGCUGCAAGGUGUGCAGCUGCGCGGCGGCAGGAAGCUCCGCCCCUCAGUGUGAGCUGACCAAUGGGCAGUGUCCGUGUAGAGAGGGGUUCUCCGGCAGAUCGUGUGACCGGUGUGCGCCCGGUUACCACGGUUACCCAGCAUGCUCGGCGUGCGGCUGCGACCUGACGGGAUCAGACGAGAAGUUCUGCAACGCCACGCUGGGAGUGUGUGAGUGUCAACACACCGGAGAGUGUGUGUGCAAGGUGGGCGUGUCCGGGCGGCGCUGUGAGGAGUGUGUCUCCGGUUGGUUCUCUCUGUCGGCUCAGAGUCCAGACGGCUGCUCUCAGUGUUUCUGUUCAGGACUCGGAUCGGACUGUGAGGAGCAGGGAGGACUGCAGCGAGUACCUAUCAGCCUGUCUCGCUCUCCUGCUCUCCUCUCAUUGGUCAGUCAGUCAAACCUGAAGGGUGUUGUUUCUGGAGUUCACCAGCAGGGCGGCGACUCGCUGUUCGAUACCCGACAGCUGGACAGCAGCCGGCUGGUCGGCCCGCUGUACUGGAGGCUGCCCCCCCAGUUCCAAGGCCCGCAGCUGCUGUCGUACGGCGGUCUGCUGUCUUACGUGGUUACCUUCUACGCUGAAGACGGCUCGGGGCUGUCCAAUCAGGAGCCUCAGGUGCUGAUGAGGGGCGGGACCAUGAGGAAGCUUGUCAUAUACACUGACAUGGUCGCCCCUAGCAACGGCAUGGGGACGCUGCAUGACAUCAGGAUGACAGAGCACAAGUGGAAGUACUUUAACUCGGUGUCGGAGAAGUCGGUGAGUCACGCUGACUUCAUGUCCGUCCUCAGUGACGUCGAGUACAUCAUCAUCAAAGCUUCAUACGGGACCCGACUGCAGCAGAGCAGGAUCUCUAACAUCACCAUGGAGACGGCGGUGGAGGCGGAGUCAGAUGACGGGAACGUGGCCAGACUGAUCGAGUCCUGCAUCUGCCCACCUGGAUACGCCGGACUGUCCUGUCAGGAGUGUGCUGCAGGUUUUUUCCGUCAGCCUCUGUCUGAGUUGUCGUCUAAGAGUCAGAAGUCGCUCUUUGUUCGUCCGUGUGUUCGAUGUCGCUGCAACAACCACAGUGAGAGCUGCGACGCGGAGACUGGAGCCUGUCAGGGCUGUCAGCAUCACACCAGUGGGCGGAGCUGUGAGCUGUGUGCCCCGGGGCAUUAUGGGAACGUCAGCGGCUCCAUCAGUGACUGCUCGCUGUGUGCCUGCCCCCUACGGGACAAAAGUUUCAGUCCCACCUGUGUGUCAGAGGGUUUGGUUGGUGAUUUCCGCUGCACUGCCUGUCAGACGGGAUACGAGGGGAGAUACUGUGAGAGGUGUUCUGUUGGUUACUAUGGUAACCCGUCGCUGCCAGGAGGGCUGUGUUCGCCGUGCAGCUGCAGUGGGUGGGGCUCGCUGCAGCCGCUGUGUGAUGCGCUGAGCGGACAGUGUGAGUGUAAGGCCGGGGUCAAAGGUCAGUCGUGUGACCAGUGUGAGGAGAGGCACAUCCUGCAGGAAGGAGAGUGUGUGUCGUGUGAUGACGAGUGCACCGGAGUUCUGUUGGACGACCUGGACAAAAUACACGACCACUUCCUGUCUGUCAACCUGAGCGCCGUUGCCAUGGCACCGUACCGCCAGCUGGUGUCGCUGGAGAACCAGACCAGAGACAUCCAGGUGGUGUUUGCAGAAAACAGCUCAGUCGCUCUGCGUCUGUCCACAGUCGAAGACGAGCUGAAUCAUUUGACCUCCGACCUCAGCGCUCUGCUGCAGCAGGUCCCACGUCUGUCUAACGACCUGAAGAAAGUGGGCGGGUCCAUAAACAAAAGCCUUUCCCAGGGUGCAUCUCUGCUGAAGAGCAUCAGCAGCCUUCAGGAUAACUUCAAGGUGCUUCAGAGGGAGGCGGGGCAUCUGAAGCAGACCAGGGUUGAGGAGCUUCAUUCAGCCAAUCAGACGCUUCUGCUGGAGGAGGUGGAGUCCAUGUUGGAAACCAUCAGAGCCGUCAACCUGGCGGGCGCCAACGCCUCAGCCAAUCAGGAGCUCAGUCUUGCAGAGUCUCUCGUCCGCUCGCUGCAGGAGGACUUCCUGUCCAGAAGGGCGGCGGUAGACGACAGACUCCGCCUCCUCUCCGCCACUCUCAAAGUUACCAUGGAGACGCUGCAACACGCUCACACACAGCUGAGCGACGCGGAUCAACGAAACUUACAAACACACACUCUGCUGGACGCCGCACACACUCGGCUACAUCACUACCAGUCUGUCCAUCACAACCUCAGUGUGGACUCUGUGUUUGUGGACGGAGUGAUGGAGGACAGUCAGCAGCUGCUGGAUGACAUCAUCACGCUGACGGAGGAGUUCACAAACUCCACCACGCGGGUGGAGGAGUUCAGCGGUCAGUUGGAUCAGUGGCGCCCCCUGCUGAGGAAACAGGUGGACGCUCUGGUUGUUGGACUGAAGAUGACCGACGCUCUGGAGAUCGUUUACCGUGCAGAAGGCCACGCCCACCUGCUGGAGAGCCACGCCCACUCCAUGCACAGCUCUCUGGCGUCGGUGUGCAAGAUGAACGGCAGCCGAUUGACUCAGCUGGACAGUGACAUCACAGAACGAGUUGACUCCGCCCGGCGGGUUGCUUUGAUCGCCCACAGCUCCGCCUACCUCGCUCUCAACAUGACCGUCCAAUCAGAGCAGCUGCUGCUAGAAGAGGGCGGAGCCAAACUGAAGGUCAGCUCUGCUGUUCUAGAAGGAAGUCGACGGAUCAACAAGACGGCUGAAGAACUGCAGCUGAACGUCUCCAUGGUAACCAGCAGACUGGGAUUGGUCAGAGACAGCAUCUACAACUGCAGCCUCCUCAUCCGUCAGCCAAUCAGAGAGCUGCACAGCCUCCCUAACGCGUCGUCCACGGCGCUGCAGCAGGCUCGCCUCCAGGCUGCAGCUGCACGCUCCGGCCUGCAGGAGGCGCUGCAGCGGCUGCACAGGCUUGGGCUGCAGCUGCAGGAUUCUUCUUCUGUGGUGGAAAACACCAACGACACAGUGAGGGAGACGAACACGCUGGUGACUCACACACACAGCGCAGCCAAUGAGGCGCAGCGUAAGCUGGAGGAGGCGGAGCAUCGCACGGUGCGUCUGAUGGAGCGGAUAAAGCCGCUGAGCAUGCUGGGAGAAACGCUGAGCAGGAACCUGUCUGACAUCAGAGAGCUGAUCGAUCAGGCCAGAAGACAAGCAGCCUCGAUCAAGGUGGCGGUUCAGGCGGACAGAGACUGCGUUCGUUCCUACAGACCUCAGAUCGAGUCGAGUAACUUCAACACUCUGAGUCUGAUCCUGAAGACGUCCAGUCCAGACAACCUGCUCUUCUACCUGGGCAGCAACACCACGGCGGACGUCCUGGCCGUAGAGAUGCAUGCUGGGAAGGUGUCUCUGCUGUGGGACGCGGGCUCAGGCAGCAGCAGACUGGAGUUUCCUGGACUGGACAUCACCAACAACAGGUGGACCAGAAUCAACGUGACCCGGUUCGGGGCCCACGCGUCUCUCUCCGUCCACCAGCUGGACUCGGAGACGGCUCCGUUGCCCGCGGUAACGGCGACAUCACCGGGACCGUCCCGAGUCCUAGACAUCGACAGGAACACCGUGAUCCACAUCGGCGGACUGGGAUCUCACACCCAGAGCCCUGCUGCGCUGCGGUCCUCCACCUUCAAGGGAUGUGUUGGUGAAGCGUCUCUCAACGAGAGGAACAUCGGUCUGUGGAGCUACGACAGCAGGGAGGGGGAGUGUGGAGGCUGCUUCAGCAGUCCCCAGGCAGAGGAGACCUCCUUCCACUUUGAUGGAUCUGGGUUCUCAUUGGUCCAGAAGUCUCUGAGAGCGACCUCCACCUCCAUCGUCCUGCUGUUUAAGACGCUGUCGCCGGGCGGAUUACUGCUCUACCUGGCCUCCAACAACACUAGGGACUUCCUGUCCAUGGAGCUGGUGGAGGGGCGUGUCCGUCUGACCUUUGACCUGGGCUCAGGUGCUCUGAUCCUGACCUCCAACAGGAAGUACAACACCGGAGUCUGGUACAAGAUCACUCUGCAGAGGAGCAAACGCAAAGGUUACCUGUCCAUCAUGGCAGCCGACCAAUCAUCAGACAAGGAGGUGUUGGAGGCGGAGUCUCCGGGGACGGCCUCCGACCUGAACCGCUCCGACCUGGACCCGAUCUACAUUGGAGGACUUCCUGCCUCUAGACCAAUCAGGCGACAGGUGGUCUCCAGGUCGUACGUGGGCUGCAUAAAGAACGUGGAGAUCGCCCGGUCCAACUUCGACCUGCUGAGAGACGCGUUCGGAGUCAGGAAGGGCUGCAUCCUCGAGGCCGUCAGGAGCGUGUCGGUGCUCGGAGGCUUCGUUCAGAUCGCUCCUCCAUCACUCGGUCAGGAGGCGGAGCUUCUCUUCUCCUUCUCCACCAACAACCAAUCAGGAGUCCUGCUGGCUCUCCUCGGCGACGAGCGAACACAGAGACAGGUGAAACAGGUGAGACAGCACUUCCUGUCGGUCCGCCUGGUCUCAGGUGCGAUGGAGGCGGAGCUUGGUGAGGUGGGCGGGGCUACUCGUAGGGUGAUGGUGGUGAAACCGGAUGGAGGAUCCUUCAGUGACGGAACGAAACACUCUGUGAUCAUCACCAUCAACAGGAAGUCUCUGUCCGUGCAGGUGGAUGAGGAACACCUGAAGUCUGUCUCUCUGUCGCCGGGCGGAUUGUCUCGUUUGUCUCCAGCCUCCUUCUUCAUUGGUGGGCUGCCAUCGGGGGAGGAGUCUCGUCUGCCAAUGAGAUUACAGGAUAUGUCCAGGAGUUUCAGAGGCUGCAUCCAACACCUGGUGGUGGGCGGAGCGUUAGUCGACCUAUCAGGAGCUGUGAGGUACGAGGGGGCGGAGCUUGACAGCUGCUUAUUGGAGGAGAAGGUAGGGGGGGCGGUGCUGCCUGAUGACCAGGAUGUAGAACCAACUCCUGACCCCGCCCACCUGCCUUUAGCCCCGCCCACAUACUUGAGUGCCUUGACACCUGGAGCUCUAACGUGUGUGUCGGAGGCGGAGCCAACCUUCCUGACGUCAGCAGUGCAGUUUGGUUCGUCCAAACACAGUCACAUGACCUUCAUCAUCACCCCCAACACUGUCAAAAGAAGCGUGUCGGUGAGGUUGUCGGUUCGAAGCCGCGCUCUGGACGGGUUGAUCUUCCUCCUCUCUGACUCCAAACAGAUGGACUUCGUCGUCCUCAAACUGACCGCAGGGAGACUGACGAUGUCAGCUGACCUGGGCAAAGGCCCCGCCUCCAUCUCCUCUUCUGUCGCCGUUAACGACGGAGAGUGGCACACUGUGACCGGUGAGGUCAGCCGGCGGUCGGUGUCCGUGUCGGUCGACGGUUCGAGUCCGGACUCUGUGUCGGUCAAAGGCAACCAGCUGGACGUGGACACCAGACUCUACCUGGGAGGACUGCCUCACACUCACACCACCAGGAGGAUCAAUGUCAGCACCAGUUUUCCAGGUUGCAUUCGCUCCCUCAGUCUGAACGGCGCCAUGUUGGAUCUGUCCAAGCCGGCCUCGCAGCACGAGGUCACUUCCUGUUUCACCAACGACCAGACAGGAAGUUACUUUAACGGCAGUGGACACGCCGCCCUCAUGCGUGACGGUUAUAAGGUCGGCUCUGACGUGUCGGUGUCUCUGGAGUUUCGAACGAGCCAAUCAGAGGGAGUGUUUCUGGGAAUCAGCAGUGCGAAGGUGGACGCCAUCGGACUUGAGAUGAUCAACGGACAGGUGGUGUUUAACGUGAAUAACGGGGCGGGGCGUGUGUCGGUGCGUUCGGUUGGUCACAUGUUGUGUGAUGGACGGUGGCACCGCCUACUGGCCAGAAAAACCAAACACACCCUGAGUCUGAGUGUAGAUGGGCGGAGUUACACCACCAACAACCCUUACCCACAAUCCACCUCUGCUGAGACCAACAACCCUGUUUACCUGGGAGGCUUUCCAGUCGGGGUGAAACAGAACUGCCUGUCGAUCAGCUCCAGGUUCAGAGGUUGCCUGAGGAACCUGCGGCUCGUUAAAUCUCACCUGAGUGACGUUCUGGACCUGAGCUCCGCCCACUUCCUGUUGGGAGUCACUCCUAACUCGUGUCCUGUUGCCCAGUAACACCCAACCGGGCUCUGAUUGGUCCGCAGUCAAGCAGGACAAAGGAUUGUUAAUGUUGUUAAAGUGAAAGUAAAGAGUCUGUUAGAUGAUGAUCACUUCCUGCUUCACUUUGACGUUCUGUAACUUUGA